AGCACAUGAGGACAUGAUCACGGGGAAACAAACACAGACAGAGGGGUAAAAAUUAAAAAAGAGGGGUUAUUUCAGCCGUCUCCAGUGUAAAAAUGGAAGUUUCACAUGGAAGUUCAACGCUGGUGCAAAUGUGCAUCGCAAAGGUUGCUCAAAACAUGGAUAUCGUGGCGAGAAAGGUUUUGGAUCUGCCUGUCUCGCUCUUAAAAGAGUUACUGCCACAUCUAAACAUUUAUUAUCUGGAUAAGAUUGAAACAACUGCUGUCACCAAAGGAAUCUCCACCUCUGCUAUUUGGGCAUCAAUAUGGAGAGAUUUGGAUCAGACAUGGCGCUGCAGAUCAAAGUUUUCUUUGCCUGAUCAAGACUGGAAACAGAGGUGUUUGGAGAGACUCUUUCACAUUGUCAUGUUUACGCACAUCAGACAAGGCAGAUCAUACCUUUCCAACCUCAGCGAUUCAUCUAUUCUCUCCAUGACUGCAAAGCACGUGAGAGUCCUCUCUCUCCACGGGUCUACCAGAAACAUCUGCCGACUUGCAUCAGGAGAACUGCGGCCAAUCCUGACCACACUUGAAAAGGGGGUGACUUCCAUCAAAUUGCUGGAUGCUAAUUCUCUACUCAAACAUGGACGGAGAUAUGUCUUGUUUAUUCUCCACCGACUGAUGGACCAUGGGUCUGUGAGUGAAGUUGUUUUGAGGAGAAGUCCAGAUCCAUCCAUUCUAAGCUGGAUCACAUCCAGGUGCAGGGUCUCUCAGCGUUCUGUGGCACCAGAGACAUCUCACGCUGAGGCCCCUUGUUCGGUAGGAGAGGGCUUUGACAUUAGGUGUGGUACAGUGCAGGAGGAACCUACAGCUAAACGUUGUCGUCAAAGUUUAGCGUCAGAAAUGGAGGAGCACCCAGAGUUUUUAUGUAGCACAUUUUCAUCCUCAAACAUCACUGCUGGCCGCUGUCCUGAAGGUCACAUCUACUCGCUGGAUUUUGAAGUGUCUAAAUGUGAAGUCCUUGCCACAGUGUCUCAUAUUCUGCCUUCGUGGUUGUGCCUUCACAAACUACAUCUUCACAGUGACUGGCUCAUUAGAGAGAAGGAGAUGUCAGUGUUGGUGGAGUCUCUUAGACGGUUGUUUGUAAACCCCGGCUGCUCGCUCAAGGAUCUCAGUAUAAGUCUUGUAUGUGGUCACACUCCCCUUAUCAGUGUGCUGAGCGUGUGUCCGACCCUUCAGAACUUUUCACUGGAGAUCUGCCCCCCUCUGGACAGAAAUGCAUGGAGGCAGCAGUCGCAUUUCACUGCAAACACAGUGCUCUGCCUGGAAAAGCUUACAGUCAAAUCCACUGAAGUUCCAAUGACAGUGGAGAGUUUUCUGAUGGUGCUGAAAUGGGCUCCAAAGCUCAGUAGUCUUCAUAUCACUGGAAUUCAUCAUGCGCGUCCAUUGCUUCACACAUUAGCAGAAUCUAAUCCAGUGCUCAAAGUAUUAAAGCUGGAGGAUGUAAACCUGGCUGAGUGUCACCACGAGAUUCUUCAUCUUCUGGAAAAUUCUGUGUUAGAAGAGUUGUCCUUUAAAGACUGUAGACUGCUGGAUAAAUGUACAGUGAAGAAGGAAUUCCUGGUGCCAUUUGUAAAGGCGCUAAAAGGGGUCUCUUCUCUCCAGAGCCUGACACUUGCGCAGAACCGACUAACAACAAGUGCCAUAGAGAUUGCUGAUCUGUUCUCUGGAAGUUGCCCCAGCAAAAUCGCUAAAUUAGACCUUAGCUCAAAUUUUAUUCUGCCUGCUGAACUUCUGGAGUUCGGACAGCUGUUGGAAGCAUAUAGGCCAGUUCAGCGACUGAUGCUGGAUCUGCGGUUUAAUCCACUGGAUCGGGACCCAGAGGUCAAAGGUCAAGCUCUGCGAAAGCUCCUCCCUUACUGUAAUAUAUUAACAGAUGACUGGGACUCCAGAACUACUAUGGCCGAUCACAUCAGUGUGAUGUGACCAUGUCAAAAAUGUUGCAAACCCCUGCUUUAAAGGAAUAGGUUACCCCAAAAAGGACAAUUCUGUCAUUAUGUACUCACACUAAUGUUGCUCCAAUCCCAUAUGACUGCCUUUCUUUUAUGGAACAUAAAAGGUGAGUUUUUCCAAAAGUCUUCACUGGGUUAUUAAUUUACCAAAUAUUAAAAGUGAAUAGGAUCCAUGAAAAAGCAUCAUUAAAGGGAUAUUUCAUUCCAAAAUGAAAAUUCACAUUUACUCAUUUUUAAAAGAAUAUUUAAUCUCUUUUGGUCCAUACAAUGCAAUAAAUCGAUGAUCAAAACUUUGCUUUUGAGUGAUUUCUGGGGUUUCAAUCAUGAGAGAAUUUUCAUUUUGGGUGAACCAUUCAUUUUAAGUUAUGGCACAAGAACCAAUGAGUUUUUAUCUGUAAGCAUAGUUGCCGUAUUUGAAUUCAACGCUUAAUAUUUGAGAGUGAAUAACGACUUAAAUUUUAUUCUGUUCUUUGUGCAGUGAUUACAUAGCUUCUUUCGACAUGGAAUAUAGUGUACAAGUCACAAUGAUUGGUUUUAUGUUUUUCUUUUGGAGCUUGACAGACCAGUAACUAUUCACUUUCAUGAUAGUGCAAGUAAACAUAGGUAGACGUUUUACAAAUUAAUCUUGUGUAUUUCACGAAAGGAAAAAUACAGGUUUGGAACAAAAAAAGUAGUAUGUAAUUAAAGUUAAAAUAUGUCCUUCCUUUUCGGAGCUUGACGGAUGUGGUCACAUUUUGAAUGACAAUUUUCAUUUUUGGGUGAACGAUUCCUUUGCAAGAUAAUUAACAUUUAAGCACAUACAAAUUUGAUUUCACUUAAAAUGUACAAGCAUACAGAGUUUCGUAUAGUUCUCUUUUAAUGAUGCUGAUUAUAUGACAUAUUGUUAAAUUUGUAAUAUAAAGUUCACUGAAUAAAUAAAAUAACUCUGUGUACACAAGAACUUC